AUGUCUGCCACAAGGCUCCUCGCCUCUGGCAUUCAGGCUGACGUGUAUCUCACGCGCCGCGCCGCUCUCGUGGUGGUGAAGGUGGUCCACGCUCCAGCGGAUGGCGAUGACCCUCGGCUGCGUCCCCACAAUGUUGCACGCGAGGCGCGUCUCCUCGGGCGUUUGAGGCACCCAAAUGUUGUCACUCUGCUCGACUACUCGUACACUACAGAGCACCGACUGACGCUGGAAGUGCUGCCCUUACCGCUCUUCGACAUCGCCGUACCACUGGCCAUGUCUGAAAGCGCAUUCAUGUUCGUGGCGCGCGGUCUAUUCUCCGCCCUUGGCUUUCUGCACGCAGAGGGAGUUGCGCAUCGGGACAUCAAACCGGGAAACAUCUGCAUCUCGGCGGAGGGCGAGCCAAAGCUUAUCGACCUUGCGACGGCGUGGGACGGGGGCGACGGUAAAGGAGACGAUGGGGGAGGUGGCAUGGUGUGCCAAGUCGGGACUGGCCCUUAUCGCGCACCAGAACUCCUCUUCGGGCCUGUGACGUACGAUGCGGCCGCUUUAGACCUGUGGGCGGCGGGUGCGACGCUCGCGGAGCUGUAUCGCCAUCUCACGGGAUGGCGGCGUGCUCCGGGGUCUCGCAGUGAUGGUGGUUCAUCUCAUGUCUCGAGUCUGUCGGGUAGUGAGAGCCCUCCCCUGUCCCUCGACGGCGGGGCUCGCUCCAGCGACGUUGCCCUGUUUGACGCGACCUACGGUGAUCUCGGGCUGGCAGGCAGUAUUUUCAGCGUGCUUGGGACGCCGACGGCUGAGUCGUCGCCUUCCUUCUUCUCCUUGCCUGACGCAGGCAAGAUCCACUUCAACCCGCAACCACAACAGGAUCUCUCCACCCUCCUGGGCGCACCGGAAGGUCCCACACGCGUGCUGGAAGCCGUGCUGCGCCUCGAGCCGGCGCAGCGCGCGAGCGCACAGAGCGUGGUGCAGAUGGUGAAGGAGGGGAAGGCGGACGGGUGGGACAGGGAAGUUCGGGCGGAGCUGCGGCGUCUCGCGCGAGAAAGGAUGGGUGAGCUGGAGCGGUCUCUCGAGGGGGAGUUCGGGAGCGAUGGUCAGGCGCCGUGA